AUGACCGGUACAUCACAAGGGACAUAUUCGCAGUCGAUGUGUCGUAAUAAUAAUUUUAGCGGUCACUGUAAUCAUCACCGUGCGGAAUACUCGCAGUGUAAUAGUGGGCCUAGACGAUCGGCACUUAAUGGUAUUGGUGGUAGUUCGUUCGGUACGAAUCGUAGACAAUUCGCUCAGCGUAAUCAUUCCUGGUUAAUACCGGAACUGGUGAGAGAAACAGGAUUAAUUCUGGAAGUGCAGAGAGAAUAUGGUCGUAUCCUUAGUCAGUCUAAUUUUUCCGCGUCAAAUAUUCAUAUUUAUUUUUCACUUUCUACCUUGGUUAAUGAUGCACCAUUGAGCGUAAUCACCGAUAACCUUGCAGAUGUUUUCCAAGCUGGAGCAGUGGUGGAGAUCGAAGUAGAGGGAGGUGUUAAUCUAAAAGAACUACGAGAUCAUGUUCACGUGAUACUAACAUGUACCUCUAUAAGGCCAAGCACGGAAACCGGUCGUAACCCAGAACUGGUACCAAUGGUAGUAAUACAAGAUGACUGCGAAAUUCCACUUGCUCUGAUAGCGAAUCAUGAGCUAGUUGCACUUCCUCGGCAGGUUUUCCCAGUAGAUGAGGUUACUUCGGCAUUUAUGGCAAAGAAGAGUUCGAUUACCACAGAUGUAGAAUGGCCAGAAUUUGCAACUAUCGGGCGUUCCAUAGAAGGACGAAUCUCGUGUGCGCCACCAUGGAUCCGUGAAUUUACAAAUCCAACAGUCAAAAAGAUUGGGUUGAGUAUACAGCGCUUUGGACGGGAUCGAGAAGGUUUCGCAGUGAUAAAAGAGUAUAUCGGACGGGGUGUUGUCCUUACGCCAAUCGAUGAGGAAGAUAAGAAAAUAUGCGGUGAUUUGUUUUUCCCCUAUGAAAUGCGAACUAGUGCGUUAUGUACAGAGUGUGAGGAUGUAUACCGCUUAGGCUCAAAAUGGUAUUUCCGUGCAUGCCCGGAAUUACCGAACCGUAAAUACAAGUACCGAGUAUAUAGCCUCAGUGGUUUGGAUGAUGUCAGUAGUGAUUUGAUUACGCAGGAGCAGUUUUCUGAGCAAACUGUAAAUCCAUCGAUCAUAACGAAUCAUGGGUCUGUCGUUGUUGAUGCCUCGAAGAGUAUGGUGGAAGCAGUGGCAUCUACUGAUUGUCAGCUAAAUAACUCAAACCAACUAAUUGAGUUUGAUAAUGAACCUUUACCGGUAAUCUCAUCGGAUUCUUUUCCAAAGGCCACAGCAGUCUCACCGGUUACUCUUGACUUACUCAGUGCCGUUAAUUUCAAUACAUCUCGUGCAGCAACAGUAAAUGAUAUUAAUGAGACAAUAAUUUUGCAAAGUUCAAAUUCUUCUGAUAUGACUGAUUCCAAUCUACUGGUUGAUUUCAAUGCUGCGGAUGAAGCGCAAGAGGUCGCUACACAAGUUCGGCAGUUUCACAUACUGGAUGAAAAUUUUACUCUUUCUUCAUUUGAUUUCGAUUUUAAAGACACGAAAGAAUGCAAUUAUGAAACGGAAAUGUUCGGUUGUAGCAAUCACGAGAACAAUGGAAAUAUAUGGUAA